AUGGCUGAGAAACGAAAACAACCCGGCAAGAAUCGCGGAGGCCGUCCGCGUAAGAAGAGAAUAGAAGAUGCAGUAGAUGCAACUCCGUCACCAAAGCGACACCAACGACAGGAAGUGUCUACAACUCCCUCAAAGAAAGCCACAGCAACGCCAGCACCAUCAGUCCCGGCCGAACUCCCGGUCGAAGAAACACUUCCUACCAAGAUAUCCGAUAGCCGGCCGCUCCCAACGCUUCCAAAACCGCAAGCACCGAGCUCUCUAUCUGAAUGCCAAUCAUAUGCGGAGAGUGGAAUUGUCACCGCCGCGCUACAUCGAUCAAGGACAAGAUGGCUUCACGAUUGUCUUUUCGAAAAAUAUUGGACCAAACCAUCAAAAAGGAAGAACCAGCCUCAACCUACAUUCCAAAACCCCCCAAAGGAUUCCAUGGCCAAGCUGGGACCGUGUACUAUGGUGAUUGAGCCUCACUACUUCGAUAUUAUGCUAUAUACAGCCCAUAAUACCCCUCAGAAACCCCCGAACCCCCCACCACCCGGGAAACCCAGUACCGACCCAGUGAUUCAGCUCCUCGCGAAUAGAGCUGCUACAAACCCAGAUUUAAGAGCAUUGAUGAGAAUAGUUGCGGAUAGUCAGGCAGAUCAGGAACAGCUUCGAGCAUUUCAGGCACAUAUUGACGAGAUAAACGCGAUUAUUGCCAGCAGAAACCCAAAAGAUUCACAAGCGAAGGCAGAGCCUCCAACACAGACGGUUGCAACUCCUGUUUCGGCCGAAGGAGGACAGAACCGAAUUCAUACGCCGAUUGUGUCACGUAGCCCUGCUGUAAAUUCUGGAGCAACACAUCAUCCACAGAACCAACCUCCACACUCGACUGGAUCUCCCUACCCGCCUCCUCAAGGAACAGCUCCGAUUAGAGCUAAGAAUACCCAGAAGCUACCGCCAGCUCAAAAUGGAUGUUUUCGCCCACAGUUUCCACAACCAGUUGCCCAGCCUACCAGAAUAGAUAUAAAAUCGGUCGUUUUCGAGUUUAUUUUACCUGCCGGCUCAAACAAUGGCCCAACUGGGGACCGGUAUUUGUUCCCAGAGAAUAUGAUAUUAGAUUAUUUUCCUGGGAAUACAACGGUCAUCGCAUCCUUCUUAGCUAUAAAACAAAUUGGCUCAGAAGGAUCUUCAACGGAUUCGGAUAAGAAAUUACCCUCAGGUAAGGGAAAGGGUAAGAAGGCCAAACUGGCCCAAGCUUCUGCAACGCCCACCUUAACUGAACCCUCAUCGCAAGCCCCGGUUCUACAACCAGAUACCAAGGACGACGUGAAAGAUACAGACGCUCCAGCUGGAGAUGAUUCAAAGGCUACAGAUGGCCCCAAAAGCACUGACGAGUUGCCCUCACCUUCAGGGUCUAAACCUAAAGUCAAGGAAUACUACCAGCCGGUCACACUCCGUUUACAUGCAAACAAUCCCAGGACACUAGAACCCCUAGCUCGCGUCGUAAAGCCUCCAGGGGAAGUAAGAGAUUAUAUGAACGAUGUCAUGGAUAGAAUCGAGCGGGCAGAUAUCGAAUAUCUUGCUUUCAGACUCCCACGGGAGCAACGGAGAGGGCGCGGUGCCACCGCAGGGGAUGAAUCAAGCAAAACUGUUGGCCCGAUACGAGGCAUCCCCAAGGCCAAAGGCACAGAGAGCGAAGCAGGUGUAGCCACUCCCCAGAAUGUGGAUGGGCCUUGUACCAUUAGGACCGUGAUUUCCCCCUCAUUUUGCAUUCUCGGAGCAUUCUGCAUCUUGGGUAUUAUGAAAGGCACCUGA